AUGGAAAGAGUCACAUCGGGUCCUCAGACCUCUACCUCUACCUCGAGGCGCUCAGCGAAUGGAUAUAUGCCGAUCGAAGACUAUGGGUUGAUCGGAAAUAUGAGGACUUGUGCCAUGGUUGCGACAGAUGGUGGAAUAGAUUAUAUGUGCUGGCCUUACUUCGACUCACCAUCCGUUUUCUGCAGGAUCCUGGACAAAGAAAAGGGUGGCCACUUUACAAUAGGUCCAACUGGCGACGAUUCCUGCACAACCAAGCAACAGUAUCUGCCCGUGAGCAAUGUUCUCCAGACACGCUACCUGAAGGAAGAGGGCGUCAUGAACGUCGUGGACUUCUUCCCUCGACCAAACGACAAAAGUUGGGAUGCCAAAUAUCAUGCAAACGUCGUCGCAAGCAUCCAUACAGGAAGCGUUCCCGAGCGCCCCGAUCUAAAGAAGUGGCUCGUAAGGCGAGUAGAAUGUAUGCGGGGCAAAGUUGAAGUGUGCGUCGAGGUCUUCCCUGCUUUCAACUAUGCACAAGACAAACACACUACCGAGAUCGCAGACAUGGGUAAGAGCGCUCAGGGACGUGGUCUGCAACGAGUCAUCUUCAGAUCCAAAGAUCUAUCCCUGGAGCUCAAUGCGACGAUCGAUUGUGGGGAUGCACCUGACGGUGUAUGCCCAAGGGUGGUCUUCGAGGAGUCACCAGAGCCACAAGAUCUAGGCGUAGGCGUCACGGCUAAUUUUACCUUGGAAGAAGGUCAGGCCGUGUCCUUCAUUCUGCGUGAUGCAGAAGACCAUAGUCCAGACAUUAUCGAGACGGAACAAGUCCAAGAAUUGCAAACCAGCACCCAGAAGUACUGGGCUAGGUGGAUAGAGCAAAGCAAAUAUAUGGGUCGUUGGGAAGAGGUGGUUACCAGGAGCUUGCUGAUCCUCAAGAUGCUGACCUUUGAGCCCAGCGGAGCGAUUGUUGCGGCGCCGACGUUCUCCCUGCCCGAAGACUUUGGUGGGUCGCGAAACUGGGAUUAUCGCUACUCGUGGGUGCGCGAUGCGUCUUUUACGAUCUACACUUUUCUCAGGAUGGGAUUCAAUAACGAAGCAGAAGCUUAUAUAAGCUAUAUCUUCCAGCGCGUUAAAGAGGCCAAAGCACGACAAGGAGCUUUGCCGAUCAUGAUGACCAUCUGGGGCGGCACAGAUAUACCGGAGCUCGAACUACCCCAUCUGGAAGGGUACAGGGCCAGCCGACCGGUACGGAUCGGCAAUGGCGCAGCUUUCCACGUACAGUUGGACAUCUACGGUGAACUGAUGGACGGAAUCUAUCUUGUGAAUAGAUUCGGACGUCCAAUCUCGUACGAUCAAUGGCUUCUUGUCCGGGAGAUUGCAGAUUAUGUUUGUACCGUCUGGAAGGAGUCAGACAUGUCGAUCUGGGAAGUACGGGGUAAGAAGCAGAACUUUGUAUACAGCAAGAUGAUGCUGUGGGUGGCUCUUGAUCGAGCACUGCGCCUAGCAGAUAAGAGGAGCUUUCCGUGUCCGCAUCGAGCCGAGUGGUACCGGAUUCGCGAUGAGAUGUAUGAAGAAGUCAUGGAUAAGGGCUACAACUCGGACUUGGAAUGCUUCAUACAGAGCUACGAGUCGAGCGACGUCCUAGACUCGGCUGUACUGAUUGCGCCUCUGGUCUUCUUCAUCUCUCCGACUGAUCCUCGGUUCCUGAAGACUCUCGACCGUAUACUCAAGGCCCCUGAGAAGGGCGGUCUGACGAGUACCGGUUUGGUGUACAGGUACAACCACGCCCUGAGCGACGAUGGCGUAGGCGGGCAAGAGGGCGCUUUUAGCAUGUGCACAUUCUGGCUGGUCGAGGCCCUGACAAGAGCUGGCGCGUACGAUGAGAAAUACCUGUUGCAAGCGGUUACUAUUUUCGAAAACAUGCUGAGUUUCGGAAACCAUCUGCACAUAUUCUCAGAGGAGAUUGCGCGUUCGGGAGAGCAGCUGGGCAACACACCGCAGGCGUUUAGCCAUCUGGCGCUGAUUUCGGCGGCAUUCAACUUGGACAAGACGCUGAGCGGGCGACGAAAGUAG